GCGGGGUCAUGCGGGCACUUCCUGGACAGAGUUGACGAAAAAUGGAGGAAGUGAGCGGCCUGGGAGAAUGAGUGAGUGAGAGAGAGACAGAGGGAAAGAGAGAAAGAAAGUGAGGAGAGAGAAAAGACGGGACCGCAGGAAAGAAAGUAAAGAGAGAGAGAGAGAAACAGAACAAGAAAGAAAGGGAGAGAGGGAAAGAGAAAGAGAGAGUGAGUGAGUGAGUGAAGGGGAGAGGGAGGGGGAGAGAAAGAGAAAGAGAUAGAGAUAGAGAUAGAGUGAAUGUUCUGUGCUGGGGAGGGGGGGAGUGGGGGAGAGAAGAGGGAUCGCGACUUCAGAGAAAAAUAGAAUGGAAACUAGUUAAGGAUAGCGAGAGAGAACGCAAAACAGGACUGAGUUAUGAACGUGGGAUUUUUUCAGGGCAAAACUAGGCAGAGAGGGUCAGGCAUUUACAGGGCAGAGUGGCCAUUUACACGUUACCUGCUGGUACAGAUAGCUCUGGGGAUUACAGGCUUCCAGUUGCCUGCUCAGUGCUCACACUGCUUCCCAGUGUGACAGCCACCCCAGUGAUAAAGUAACAGAUUAUGGUAAAUUAGCCAAGAUGCCUUUUGCAGACACCAUGGCGAAUGUGGCUCUGCGGGUGCCCAGUGUCAUGCUGCUGGAUUUGCUUUACAAAUGGGAUGUUGGUCACUUUGCUGAACAGAUCCGAGCCAGGAAUGAGGAAAUGCUCAUCAAAUAUAAAUACGUUUUGUGGAAUGCAUACUAUUUGGGUCACCUUCUCAGUGCGUUUGUGCUUAUGUUGCCUGUCCAGCAUUUGGUGAAGCUGUACCUGUAUUUGCUGACUGCCUCAUUGCUGUACAUGGGACACCAGACCUGCAGGAACUAUGUUCUCAAAGAGCUUGAAUCUGGGUACGAUGGUGCAGUGUAUCUUGACUUAGUGGCACUUCAGCGUUUUGUCAGUGCACUAACAGCUCAACUCCUGGUCUUGUGUCUCAGUUCUUUCUUCAUGAGGCCCAAGCCAUUCUGGUUGUUCUCUGCCCACCUGGUCCCUUUGCUCGCCAGGCUCUGUAUGGUGCCCCUCACCGCCCUCCUCAUCCUCAACAAGUUGACCAUCAUCUUCACCAGCCUUGAGGUGCUCUACUUCCUGCUGUGCAACAUGUUUGUGCCCUACAACCUGGCCAAAUCUGCCUACCGAGAGAUUGUGCAGGAGAGUGAGCUGUACGGAGUGCUGGGCCUGGGCACGAUACUGUGGAACCAGUUUGCAGUGCCAGCUCUCUUCACCACGUUCUGGCUGGUGCUGUUUGUCACCGAGACCUACUUCUACCUCAGCUCGCACAACCAGCAGGGGGCAUCGCAAGAGGGCCUGGUCUUCGCCUUCCUCACCAGUGUCGCUGGAUGCUGUGUUACUCCAUACUCUCUAGUGGGCCUGACAUUCACAGUCUCUCGGCUGUCGCUGGGCUUGCUCACUCUGUGCAAGUUUUACCUGCAGGGAUAUUCAGCCUUUGUGAAUGGCAACCUCAUGCACAGAGGUGUGACUGAAGGGGUGACCUUUCUGCUGCUGGCACUACAGACUGACCUCAUUGACCUGCACAUCUUGCAGCGUACCUUCCUACUCAGCAUCAUCCUGUUCAUCAUAGUUGCCUCCAUCCUACAAUCGAUGCUGGAGAUUACUGACCCCAUCGUCCUUGCACUGGGAGCUUCUCGGAACAGGAGUUUAUGGAAGCAUUUCCGGGCAGUGAGUACAUGUCUUUUCCUGUUGGUCUUUCCCAGUUUUAUGGCCUACAGGAUUGCGCAGUUUUUUGAGAUGGACUUCUGGUUAUUGAUCAUCGUCUCCAGCAGCGCACUGACUUCUCUCCAGGUUACCGGGACUAUCUUCAUCUACGGCCUCUUUGUGACUGAAGACUUGCGGAGGGAGCCCAUCGAGAACCUGGAGGACAUCAUCUACUACGUCAACAGCUCGUGCCGGAUCCUGGAGUUCCUCGUGGCCGUGUGCGUUGUGGCCUACGGUGUGGUGGAGUCCAUCUUCGGGGAGUGGAGCUGGAUGGGGGCCUCGGUCAUUGUCGUGCACUCUUACUUCAACGUCUGGCUGCGUGCCCGCGCUGGCUGGAACAGCUUCGUCCUCCGUAGAGAGGCUGCCCAGAAGAUCAGCUCACUGCCCCGUGCCUCCCAGCAGCAGCUUGACGACUAUGCUGACGUCUGUGCCAUCUGCUACCAGGGUAUGAGGGCAGCUGUUGUAACAGUUUGCGGACAUUAUUACCAUUCAUCCUGCCUCCGUCGCUGGCUUUAUGUCCAAAAAACGUGCCCCAUGUGCCACCAAUUCAUAAAGCCAUCGCCCCCUCCACCUGAACCUCCCGGGCAGACAGAGGAAGAGGAACAGGUUCGUGAUCAACAACCAGACCUUCAGGAGGACAGUGCAACCACUGAGACAGCAGUACCCUCACGAGGCGCUGAGGAACAAACUGAGGCCCCAGACGCCGGGCAUAGCUCCAGCGGAAAUGGCAGACUAUACCAUGAUGGUCAAGGGAAGACUGCAAGGCAGGAUGAAGGUGGGGCUUCCUACCAGAGGGCAGAACCUGAAGGAACUCUGACUCCAAAGGGAGACAAGCCUCUUGGAGUUCCAGAAUUGGAAGAAAGCCAGUCUGCGGAAAGACUGGACUUGGUUGAAAUAGAGAGAGAAAAUGGAAAGAAGAACCUGGACUGUGGCAAGGAUCCUUCCAGUGAACUUGGCCUCUUGCCUAGCGCAGAUGGAGUGUGUGUACGGGACAUUGUGUGCAGUGAGUCAGCAAAUAGCAAUCAAGAUGUUAAACCUCUUCCAGAUAAUGCGGGAACACCAGUGGAGAGCAGGGAUUCUUCACCAAUUUCCAAAAAGAAUCAACCCUCAGGAAUAGAACUGACUUUGCAUGAUGAAGAGAGUUGACCCUGUUAGGAUUUGGAAAGAUAGGAGAGAAUGAAAGGGUAUAAACUAUAUUCCUGCUAAAACAGAAUUGGUUUAUGUUGACAAUCAGAUUUUGCGCUCUACAUGUGUAUAUAAAAAAAAACAAAUUGAACUCUGA